ACCAUAGAUGGCGUUGAUACUUGAUGGUAUUACCUUUGAAGAAUUGUGGAAUUUUCUUCACUCUGCACCGGCAGAAAACGAGGCAGAUAUAAAGGCAUGUCAGUUUCUUGCCACUCUACUGGGAGGAGGAGAAGGUGGCAAAUCUGCACGGGAAAGGAAUGCGGUGGACCAGGAAGCAGCAAUAAUGCUAAAGACUUUACAGUCACAUUGCUCACAAGCUGAGGGUCAGUUGAAGGUCAUUACUGACUAUGAGGCAAGAGAGGGCACUGCCUGUCACUUUCGUAAUGUGCUGAAGGCAAUUGAAGCUUAUAGUCAAGUGGACGUUGUGAUGAAGGACCCUAACACCAUAUAACAUGGAGUUAAUUUAGAGCUACAUCCGAUGGGUGAUUCCCAUAUGCUUGGAAAUUAUUAUAGAUGUAAUAAUAAACGUAAUGAAAUAAUAGACGUAAUGAUUGAGUGGGAUGAUUAUGUGAUAAAAAAAUCAUGUAAAAGCUUUUUACAAGUACUAGUCCAUGCCCGUUAGGUAGUCAGAACUUAUCACAACAGAUAAAAAAGAAAAGAAAAAA